UCUAUAAAACCUCAAACAAAACCUCUGAACUAUCUUACAAAACAAACUUCUUAAAAUGGCUUAUAGUUACCGUUUCGCCAUCUUCCUCACCGUCCUCGCCGCCAUCGCCGGUAUUUCCUCCGCCGCGUUGGUCAAAGAACAGCCGCUCGUUCUCAAAUACCACAACGGCGCUCUCUUGAAAGGCAACAUCAACGUCAACCUCGUCUGGUACGGUCGCUUCACGCCCACCCAACGGUCCGUGAUCGUCGACUUCAUCCGCUCGCUCAGCUCCAAAGAAGCGGCUCCUUCCGUCGCGUCCUGGUGGAAGACGACGGAGAAUUACAAAGGCGGAGCCUCGACGCUCGUCGUCGGGAAACAGCUCCUCCUCGAGAACUACCCUCUCGGAAAAUACCUCAAGAAUCCUAACCUCCGCGCUUUGUCGGCCAAACUUAACGGCGGGCUCAGCUCGAUAACCGUCGUUUUAACGGCGAAAGACGUUAACGUCGAGGGUUUCUGUAUGAACCGUUGCGGGUCCCACGGGUCAUCCGUCUCCACUUCGCGCCGCGCAGCCAACAACGGUGAGGCUUACGUCUGGGUCGGAAACGCCGAGACGAUGUGUCCGGGAUACUGCGCGUGGCCGUUUCACCAGCCCAUUUACGGCCCACAAGGCCCGCCUUUGGUUUCUCCUAACGGCGACGUCGGAGUUGACGGGAUGAUUAUUAACCUCGCCACGCUUCUCGCUAACACCGUCACGAAUCCCUUUAAGAACGGGUAUUUCCAGGGCCCACCAACCGCUCCACUCGAAGCUGUCUCCGCUUGUACCGGCAUGUUCGGGCCGGGUUCUUACCCGGGUUACGCGGGUCAAGUGCUCGUUGACAAAACGACCGGGUCUAGCUUCAACGCUCGUGGACUCGCUGGGAGGAAAUAUCUCUUGCCGGCGAUGUGGGAUCCACAGACCUCAACGUGCAAGACUCUGGGUUGAUUCAAGGGACGUGAGUGUAUGACACGUGUCACAGUUCAAGAAGGAAUGAGGAGAUCUUAGAUAACGUAUGUAGUCAAAACAAGUUGUAACUCGCGCUUGUGUAAUAGUAUAUGCUUUCGGGUUUGGACUGUGGAUAAGAAGAGUCUUUGCUUUUGUCGUUUUGUUAUGACGUGUAAAUUAUGUUUCUUGAACGUGAAGAUAUAUGCAUAGUAUAAAAUAAAAUGAUGAUUUUGUUUCCA